AUGAAGUACAAAAAACUACAAGGAACUUGUCUUGAUUGCAAGUGCUCGAUUGAUAAUUCGAAUGGCCUACAGGAAACAUUAAUUGAGGGGCAGUUUGCUACUGUGCUUACAGAAGUGGCACAUCCGAACCAGUUCACAAAACUUCAAAAUCUUGCCAUGGAUGUCCACAGCAAAAGCUUCGGGACUGAUGAUUGCGCUCACGAAGAUGGCGUUAAUCGACAACACGCUUGUAUAGAACCAACCACGCGAAGACAAUGUGCAGCAAAUGAAUCACAUAUUACCAAUAAGGAAAUGAGUCGUCUGUAUGACAAUCUGGGCAAUAUUCGACAGUGGUGGGAUAAUGUUACAAUCGCGAAGUUUGAAAAGAAGGUAUAAGA